AUGCCUCCAUUGCUUUCGCCAAUUGCCGAUUCUAACAAAUUCAGUCUCAAUGCUUCCGGUGUUGCUGGUUUUUUCGGCGGCGACGAAGCUGUCACCGCCAUGGCUACUGUGCACCUGUAUAGGGGGCGUAGAUGGCUCGGCUGGUACAACUCCCCCGGAAGCUACACUAUAGCCAAGGAGUUUGGCAGGAUAUCCAAGUCAAGAAUUUGGAGCGGUCUUUUUCCUGGCUCCAAUCACGAUCCAGCUAUUGCAUUCAAGCUAGACGUGAAGACUGGCCCGAAAUACGUGGCGUCACGCUCAGGAACUAUCAUGCAACAGACAGGACACUUUGCACAUCUCCUAACGCAGGGGACAGAUGAUGUAGCACCAUUUUCUCUUCCUGCCACACGAACCACUACAAAUUCACGCAUCUCUAUCGUCACUGUCCCUGAAAUCGCAUAUCACAACCUUCCUGUGCAGACAAUGAGCUAUCACCACGCCAUCUUCGCCAGCUUCCCUAUCCUGGUCAGCAUCACUACAUGCGUCUUUUCCGCCUUAUACGCAGACUGGUACUGCUUUGCGAUGAUCCUCCUCGGAAUUAUUUCUAGUGGUGUCACGUGUUUUGUCAUCGGCUCCGGAGUCCUUGAUAUCGAAACGGUCAAGAACCCAGCGGAGGGUUCCCCUCCAGGAGACGGGAUCCUCUUGAUGCAGAAUGGCGUCAUCAUCCUGAAGGGAAAGGAAAAGGACGUGAAUGCCAUCACGAAGGGGAAAUUUUCGCUAAAGCUGAAAGGAGCACCAGAGUAUACAGCUAUCGGUCUGUGCUCGCUGCUCCUUGAGGUUCAGUUUCUGCUGCAGCUCCUCCUCAUUCCCCAGGGAUCGCUGAUCGGUCAGAUCAUGUUCCUGACAUCGGUGGUCGCAUCCUGGGCGUACAACUCCUUCCUCGCAUCCCUAGACAAUGAAAAACUACAACGGAAACUCUUUUGCGACACUAUCAAACUUCACGAGACAGCCAUACUCGGUUUCAAAGCUGGCACUCGGACUAGCAUGGCUGCAUUCACAUGCUUCGUUCUUUGCGAAAACUUACCACGGCCUCUCAAGGAUAUCGAGCCGAUGAAAAUUCUGUUGGAGUUUUUGCCCAACGAGACGCCAGUAUGGCAGAAGUGGAGGGAGCAAGUGGUGGCUCAGGUCGAGAAAGAAGAGGACGACACGAGUAUCUUUCAACCUGGAGAUGUUGAUCUGUCAGGGCUCAACAGCAGCGAACAGACACUUUUGGCGACUCUUCUGCAGGAUGCGAAUGAUGCUCCUAAUACCACUACAAUACGCCAUUUCUUUGUCGCCUAUCCGAUAUGA